UCUCAAUCAUCAUUCACCACUCCUUUAUAGAGUGUUGUUUUAUGUCAUAACGUAUAAGGAGAGCUAUAGGUCGAUUUCAUAAUGGCUCAGAAGGCACGCAAAGACAGAGCGAAGGCCAAUGCUACUGCUCUAACGAAUCUUCACACCGGCACUCUUAUCGUCAAUACCCUAUUUUUCCUGUUCAAUUUUCUGAUCAAGAAGCGAUCUAUGCUACUUUAUGUUAUCCUAUCGAUCCCAAGCUUCAUCUGCGAAUAUGUCUUAGAAUCAUCAGGCCGGCCUAAAUAUGACUCGUCUACAAAGGCGAUGCAGAAUGCCGGUGAAGACUUAUCGGCCCCCGGACUCACAGAAUAUAUGUUUGACGUUAUCUGGAUGACUUGGGCAUCUGUGGUGCUUGUCAUACUACUCGGCAAUUGGGGAUGGCUUCUUUGGUCCGUUGUGCCUGCUUAUGGAGCCUUCAAAGGAUACAGCCUCCUCGGUGCAGCUCGUGGGAUGGCAGGUAUGCCAGGGCAACAGCCAGAUAAUGCUGCCCCGGUAGCAGGAAACAGGAAGCAACGAAGAGCAGCUUAAGGCGGCUUUAUAUCACAACAAUAUCAACCCGCAUUCUACCACGAGGGAACCCCUUCAACUCUUCAGUCUAUAGGCAUGUUAUGUUUACCUAAGCAUAUAUCACU